GUGAGCCUGUGACCAUAUUGAGACCCCUCCUCUUGUCAUUGUUGGACUUGUGGCGUACGUUAAGACCCCACGUGGUCUGCGUACCCUCAACUCUGUCUGGGCCCAGCACCUUAGCGAAGAAGUGAGGAGAAGGUUCUACAAGAACUGGUGCAAGAGCAAGAAGAAGGCCUUCACCAAAUAUGCCCUAAAAUACGACAGUGAUGCAGGCAAGAAAGAAAUACAGUUGCAGCUUGAGAAGAUGAAGAAGUAUGCUUCAGUUGUCCGUGUUAUCGCCCACACUCAGAUUAGAAAGAUGAAGGGUUUGAAGCAGAAGAAGGCCCAUCUCAUGGAGAUCCAGGUUAACGGUGGCACCAUUGCAGACAAGGUUGACUAUGGCUACAAGUUUUUUGAGAAGGAGGUGCCGGUGGAUGCCGUCUUUCAGAAGGAUGAAAUGAUUGACAUCAUUGGCGUCACCAAGGGUAAGGGGUACGAAGGUGUGGUCACCCGUUGGGGUGUCACCCGUCUUCCCCGCAAAACCCACAGGGGUCUCCGCAAGGUGGCCUGUAUCGGUGCUUGGCAUCCUGCUAGGGUGUCGUACACCGUUGCCCGUGCUGGUCAGAAUGGAUACCACCACCGGACUGAGAUAAACAAGAAGGUUUACAAGAUCGGCAAGGCUGGACAGGAAAGCCACGACGCCUCAACAGAAUUUGAUAGGACUGAGAAGGACAUCACUCCAAUGGGUGGCUUCCCCCACUAUGGUAUUGUCAAGGGUGACUACCUGAUGAUCAAGGGGGGCUGCGUUGGCCCCAAGAAGAGGGUGGUGACACUCCGGCAGUCCCUGCUGAAGCAAACCUCACGGGUGGCGCUGGAGCAGAUCAACCUCAAGUUCGUCGAUACCUCGUCCAAGUUCGGGCAUGGGCGCUUCCAGACCACUGACGUGAAGCAGAAGUUCUAUGGCAAGCUCAAGACCUGAACUGCCGAUGGUGCUACUGACAACGUGAAGCAGAGGUUCUACGGCAAGAUCAAGAAACCUAUAAGGCCUGAGCAGCUGGUCCUGCUGUCGAAGCAAAAAGUCUUACUAGAUACUGUUCAGUUUUUUUUCCCUCAGUUUUGUUGGAGAUAUUUGGAGAACCGGUUUGCAUUGCAAA